AUGCCCAACCUAAAAAUAGAAGAAUCUAACUCUCUUAUCAGCAAGGCUGUCAUCAUGACUGGAGAAGCUCCAUCAGCAGAGGCCGUUCCUGUGUCGACGACAAGGACUGGCCAGAUGAUGUGGAAGGAUACCUUCUAUGCCGGGGAGCCGGAUAUUGAAGCUGUGUUCGAUGUAGACACGGAAGCCAUUCAACUCUAUCAGAGUCAGGCAUCCAUCAAGUACGGUUCCAUUGCGGCUGGAUACUCAGUCCUGUACGCUGCUUUCCUUGCCAUGGGGCUGUAUGGUAUCGCCUCGGUCUGCUUGGUGAUUGCUUUCGUCUUUGGUGUUUUGACAAGGCUGACUUGCAAAAGGGCCACUGCAGCCUUUAACACUGGAGGAAUCCACAUGGCCAUUACCAGUUCCUGUGUCCGUUACGAUCAGGAGAAGCCCAUGGUUUCCACAGCCAUUGCCGUGCAAGAUAUCACCACUUGUACGGUGGAGCAACGCGAAUUGAAACCUUAUUGUGGCCUAUUUGGAACUAACAAAACCAUCAACUUGAUCCAUCUCAGGGUUGCCAAUGGCUCAUCAUCCAAGAGAUAUGUUGGUGUCAAGGAUCCACGCAACUUUGCUCGAUUGGUCAUGACCAUCAAGAACCGCCCUCGUAGUGCUGCGCCUCCUGUUGCCAGCUCGGAAAUUGUGUUUAGGUAG